AUGGACCGCAUCCUCCUCAGCUCGCCCGUCGAGCCUCGCACGGUGGCCGUUGUCGCCAUGACGGUCGUCGCAACCAUCUCCCUCCUCUCCCUCGCCCGACUGGGCCUGUACGUGAAAUGGAGCUCCUCGAUUCCCAGCCCUCUCAAGACCAAGAUCCCGGAGCUCACGAGCGAGGAGAUCAAGAGACUUCACUAUCGCCCUGACCACUUCCCGGGUGCCCGUGACGUUGAGACGCCGUACGGCUGCAUGCGUGUGUAUGAAUGGGGCUCAACCACCGGCCCCAAAGUCAUUCUCAUCCACGGCAUCAGCACAUCCUGCAUGACCCUCGGCCUCAUCGCCCACGCCCUCGUCGCCCGCGGCUGCCGCGUGAUGCUCUUCGACCUCUUCGGCCGCGGCUUUUCCGACGGCGUCGGCGACCUCCCCCACGACACCCGCCUGUACACAACCCAGGUCCUCCUCGCCCUCGCCUCCUCCCCUCUGGCCUGGUCCGGCCAGAACUCCAUCAGAGUCAUCGGCUACUCCCUCGGCGGCGCCGUCGCCGCAGCCUUCGCGGCCGCCUUCCCCGACAUGGUCGAGAGCCUCGUCCUACUCGCGCCGGCCGGCAUCAUCCGCGCGGCCAACUUCGGACACCUGGCGCGGCUCACGUUCCAGUCGGGCAUCAUCCCCGACCGGAUCCUCGCCUCCAUCACGGAGAGCAGGCUGAAGAAGCCCCUGGCCCCGAAGCGGUCCAACGUCGUGGAGGACGAGGACGACCCGGCGGAGAAGCUCGUCGACGUCGCCGCCGCCGAGGCGUCCUCUCCUGACGGCGGCGACCUCCCCGUCGAGCAGGUCGUGCGUCAGUACAUCUCCUGGAUGGUCGUGAAUCACCGCGGCAUGGUCCCCGCGUUCAUGAGCUGCGUCAAGCACGGCAUCCUGACGGACCUGCACGACACGUGGCGCGCCCUGGGGAGGAGGAAGAAGGGCACCACGGCCGUCUUGAUCGGCCGGGCGGACGAGGUCAUCUUCGCGGAGCAUUACACCGAGGACGGGCUGCCGCUGCUGGGCGGCGAGGAGAAUGUGCACUGGAAGGUCAUCCCUGGCGGGCACGAUUUUGUUAUGACCAAGAAGGAUUUGAUCAUGCGCGAGCUCGAUGAGUUCUGGGGUAUGAAGGUGCAGGCGUAG